AUGGAGGCAAGAGAUCCUUUUUUCUGUGUGAAAGAAGAAGUUGAAAAAACAUUAAAUUCAGUCAACUCUCUUUAUUCAUUGUGGAAAAAACUACGAAACACGGAUGGAAGUGGAGAUGAACUGCACAGGAUAUCCGAUGAAUUGAGGAAUAAUUUGAAGAGUGUCGAGUGGGAUCUCGAUGAUCUGGAGGACACAAUAAAAAUUGCUGAAAAAAAUCAGAAAAAAUUUAAUUUGGAUCCAUUAGAAUUGGACAGUAGAAGGCAGUUUAUAACAUCUACAAAAGCUAUUGUUGAGGUAAGCAUUUAUCGACUAUCGAACAAGAACUUGCCAGGAUUUGGACAGAGAUUCAACUACACCAAACUGAACAUGGAUGAUUUAGAGAGUGAACGUACGAUAGAUGAUACAAUCCAGAGACAGCAGAUGAUAAUGAAGGAACAAGACAGCCAGCUGCACAACAUUGGAAACAGUGUCAACAGCCUCAAAAUGAUGAGCAGUCAGAUUGGCAAUGAACUCGACGAACAAGCUGUGAUGUUGGAUGAUUUUGCUGAUAAAAUGGAUUCCACGAACUCAAAAUUAGACAACGUCAUGAAGAAAAUGUCCAAAGUUUUACACAUGUCCAACGAUCGACGGCAGUGGAUUGUAAUCGGAGUUUUGCUUUUGACUUUGUUUAUUAUCAUUAUUUUAUUUAUUGUAUUGUAA